AUGCACCAACUCCCCAGACCAGCCUCUUUUCGGGGUCUCAUUCUCCUUGUUGCAGCGUUCGAUCUCCUUCUCACAAGCACCACCAGCUACAUUCUUCCGUCUUUGGACGCCGUUUUCUCCCUCCCUGACAGCCUGUGGCUCUGGGCGUGGAGUGCCCGCGAGUCUUUCCAAGACCGCUGCCUGAUCUGUCUCAGUCUCAACUUUGCUCUCUGGAUCUGCGACGUCAUGGAAAGCGGCCACCUCUUCUCCUGGACGGUCAGCGUGCACGCUCGGCCCUCUCAUGCUGUGAGCUUGGCGCCUUGGGAUACGACCGCCCUCCUGUUCCUGCAAGCCGGAUUUUUCGCCUCGACUGUGUCAAAUAUCACUUUUGCUCUCCGCCUGCGUGAGCUGAGAAUAUCGACGUUUGUGUAUCAAGUCGUGCAGACCAAGGAACUCUUCCUCGAACUCUCUCUGCUCUGUUUCUAUGCACUCCUGGCAAUCCGGAUCGCCUCGAAAUGUUGCGCCAAUGGUCUCGAAGUCAGCAGAGAUCUUCCCACCUGCACAAAUCUCGUCUAUGAAUGCCAGGUACCAGUUUAUUGCGGUGGGCCAGAUCCUUUCAAAGUGCCAGCCCCUGGCUCCUUUCCAGUCACCGACCCUCACAAUCAUCUCGAAAGCACCGAGUUUGCCCUGGUGGAGUCAUUCUCAAACCCCAUGACAGGAGACGGUCGGUCAUCGCCCACCCCUUUCAUCAACAGGGCCAGAGCCAGCGCCAGGGAAUCCGUCUUCUACCUCCCGCCUCCAGUCAAGCUGAGCCGACCGACCAUGCGUGCCCGCCGGGCCUUUCGACGAGUCAACCACGACAACCAGCGUGUGGACAAUGGAGCGCUGACUUUCGACACUUGCGUGACAACCGACGAUUCCUCCUCCUCCUAUUCCUCCGCCACCGAUUCCGACUACGACGCCGACACGGAAUCCAUGUCUAAGGAGCAAGUAAGACCACGCGACGUAUUACAUCACAACGCAACCGCUACCGCUACCGCUAAAAAUGUUACUGAUCACAUGCGCGCCCUCACGGAACAGCCAGCCCAGCUCGGCCCGCCGCGGAGGAGUGACCGCCUCGGCCGGCGGAAUGCCUGGGACUGGACCAACAUUCCCGCUGUGCAGGGGUGA